UCUGUAGGUCUGUGCGGUCAUACUGUGGUUGCUCAGUUGCUGAGAGACUUUCGGUUCCCCUAUACCAGGAAACAAACAAGAAAACAACGCACAAGAGAGAACAUAAGAGGAAGUUGCCUGUUUCAUCCACCUAAUGUAAAAAAAGCGUUGGCCCAAGCAGUAACAGCUGAAAUGGAGGAAUGGGAGAUUCCCACUUCUUUAGGACCCACAGAAGCCAAAGAGAACACCUCAUCACCAAUAGUUAACAGGUCUUGUGAGAAUCUGGAAUGCUACAUGGUUCUCGCCGAGGCAGAGAAGACAGCCAUCGGCUCCAUCUGUUUCCUGGCAGGUCCUAUCACACUGCUGGAAAAUGCUCUUGUGUUGGGAGUGAUCGCCGCCACAGCCACCCUGCGGCAGCGGCCUUCAUAUCUGUUCAUUGCCAGCCUCGCUUUGGCUGAUGUCUUCGCCAGCUGCUUCUUCACCACCAGCUUCCUGGAUUUUCACCUCUUUCGCCGCAGAUGGCCCCAUUCACCAAUUCUCUUCAAAUUAGGUGGAGUCACCAUGGCCUUCACCAGCUCAGUGGGGAGUUUACUGCUGACCGCUCUGGACCGCUACCUCUGCAUCCACCAGGCCUCCAGCUAUAAGGUGCUGCUUACCCGUCGGCGAGCCCUGCUGAGUCUGCUGAUCCUCUGGAGCGCCACCAUCUUCAUCUCCUUCUUGCCUUUGAUGGGCUGGAGGUGUCCCACAGUGCUUUCUCCACCCUGCUCACGCCUGUUUCCCUACAUCAACCAGGGCUAUCUGGCAUGUUGGACCAGCUUCAUACUGGUGCUUCUGGCUCUCAUUUUGUGGGCUUAUGCUCUCAUCCUGUGGAAGGCCCAUCGCCACGUGUCCUCCAUGACCAACCUCCAGGGAGCAGCAGGGACAGGCCAGGCCCGCAUGAGGAUGGAUAUCCGGCUAGCACGUACGUUUGGCCUGAUCCUACUCAUACUGGUGGGCUGCUGGCUUCCUGCACUCUCCUUCAUGUUAGCUGAUGUCUCUGUGGUCCUGACUCACACCCAACAGAGGGCCUUCGCCUUUUGCAGCACCCUCUGCCUGGUCAACUCUGCAGUCAACCCACUACUGUAUGCACUGCGCUGUCGAGAGCUGAGAGUUGCUCUGCUGCAGUUGCUACAAAGGCUGUGUGAGACUGGGAGGUGUAAAAAAACAACAGACGAUUUAAUCUCACAAUUACCCUCCAAAGAAGACAACAACUCUACUGCCUUGACCAAGAAUGAUGAGAUGCCCAGGACCACCCGAUCAAUCUCAGAAAUGGUGAACGAUCAGAAGCAGAACUUUAGAGAGUGAGUUGGAAUUAAGGAGUAGCUGUAGCGAUAGAUAAGCGUCUGGCAGUGCGCUUGGUGUGUAAAAACAGACCACAGAGAACUUCACUGUAGAUUAAGAUUGACAUCUUACAUAUGAGCAGGGUUCACUCCAUCACAUUAUUAGUGCUGGCAAAUAAUUUAAGGCUAUUAUGUUAAAGGCUAUCAAACAAUAGCUCUUGAAUUUUGUGAGUAAUUACAAGUGCUCCAAAAGAUCAGAAAGUCUAUCAAAUGUGGGACAACGUCCUACAUAAUGUGUUUUACUUGCAGUUACAAGAUGCACUGGAAAGACAGCUUGUAAGGAGAAAACAUUCACCAAAAUAUUUUGUCACCAUAACACAUUACUUGAAUCAUAGUCUCACAUUGCCAGACCUAUCUCCACAGCGUUGUGGAACUUAAAUCAUAACAAUAAGUAUAGAACAGAUUCCAUUAGUAUUAAAGCCUCUCAUCUUUAGGUAUUUGUUCAGGUCAGACAAAAGGUUCAGUGCAUGUUGGACUGGAAGUGAGAUGAUGUCAUGUGGCCAUCUAACCUGUAACCUUUGACCUCACUGCCUCCCAUGCCAGUGCUUUAACACUCUCACUCCUACACUGUGUCCCACGAACUGAAGUGCUGACUUAACUUCUGGGUUCACCACAUGGCAGAUAGGUGGAUUUGUUGUUUGUGUGUUUAUGUUUGAGUAUUUGUCCCUGAGCAUGCAGGAACGGAGGACCCUGUGGUGUGCCUAUCCCAUCUGCACAUGAAUGCCAGGACUCCACAAAAGCCCAAUGCACGAGAGAAUUUCACACAAUGUUCACUGCAUGAAUCCAAGCAGUGUCCUGAGGUAAAUGGAGCACAUGCCAGGAAGAGAACGAGCACAGACACUAGAACACUCUUUGCAAUAGUGGCAACUGGCGGCUGCAGUAAAGCACAUUUUGACAUCCACUUAAACUCACGGGUUCACACGCUUGACAGAACACAUGUUUCAACCGCUAUAUGAACUGAUUAAAAAAUAAUACUUAACCCUACUCUAUUUUGACUCAUUAUAUGUUUCUUUUUAAGCAAAUUAGGAAAAUAAGUAAGGAAAUCUUACUCUUUGUCUGUCAUCUUUAAUCAUUGUCAAGUGACCAAACAAAUCAGCAGUCUGCAAUAAUUUGUAAGGUUCUCAAUCUUCUGGGUGAGUCUUUGCUGCCAGAGGUGACUUGCUGGAUACUGGGAGUCUGCCAUACCAAAAAGUCAGCCAGAAAAUACAUAUUUCUUUUGGGAAAAGAGAUUGAAGAAGGGGGAACUGCGUACAGAACAAUGUAGAGGAUGAUUAUAUACACUCAGUUACUAGCUUAUUAUUGGGUUUAAUAAAACAGACUUGCAAUAAAUUCUACCUUUAUAAAGGUUAUAAUGUUCAGAUCUUUGUUGAAACUGUUGAUACUGUGAGGAGGCAUUUGCAUUAUUUUGUAUACCCCAUUUAUAUGAAUUACCUCUCAGUAUAAUGCAAUACAAUUCAACUGCCUCUCAGAAGAAUACAGUAUACAAUGCAAUGCGAGACUAGCUCAGUGGAAAAUGGAACAAGAAUAUUGUUCAUUUUCUUUUACUGCUUUUACGAGGAGAUGCUUGAUUGCACUUUAAUUGAUAUUGCUGAAUACUUAGCGCUUCAGUUAAAGCUACUCUAGAUGCAAGCUACAUACUGCAUAACAGUACCGUGGCUGCAUGUUUACUUCCUCAAGGUUAUUUGAUAACAGUAUAACCUCAUAAGACUUUGUUUGUAUUUACCUACAGUAAUUUGUUAUGCAUUAAAAGAUUUUCAAUCCCGUCCACAAACCUUGUGUUUAAUUUGCAGGGAAAAAAUUUAAAUAGAAUGUCAAGCCUGUUAGUUAAGGCAUAUCAUUUAUUUUUUUUAACUCUGGUGUUUAUUUUAUUCU